ACGGAAAUGAAGAAAUUACGCCGAGAAUAUAGGAACGUCAUCACGUUAUGUGUCCUUGUUUAGCGGUUGAGUCUAGAAAGUAUACAGCUUUUGUCAAAAUMUACUUUUCGUAGUAGGUUUAGAAUAAUUUAUUACGCAGUUUAGGAUAAUUAACGACGCAGGUUAGGAUAAUUAGGUUAAGGCUAGGAAAAGAGCAGCCCGGUUUAACCAGAAUAUUUGGUCUCGGAAUAAAACAGUAGCACCGAUGACCGACUGCGAGGGACUACAAGACGUUUCAUGUAGUUUCUACUGUUGAAGAAUAUGGAGGUAGUGGACAGUCCUCUUAACCUCGCCCAUAGCAGUCCAGGAAGGCAGACCGUUUGUUGGCAGCUGGUAAAUAUGAAGAAGCUAUUUCCUGCCAUGGGAAAGCUGCAGUGCUGCUGAGGGAAGCCAUGAAGUUAACAGAGUGUGAACAGGCUGGUUUGUCCAUGGCGCUCCAGAGGGACAGCCACGUGAAGCAGCAGCGGCUUAUUGAGGAGAAGUGGAAGAGGACCAGACAGGAGGGCAAGCCCAUGGUCCUUCAGAGCCACCCCUCCACCGACCAGCCCCCCGGCCUGGUGACCAACGAGCCCCCCCGCCACCCAGAGAGGGAGUACGACACCUGGCUGUACCUCCUGAAGAACAAGGGCUCCCCCCCUCCCCCCACACCCUGCCCCGGCAGCAAGGCCCACAAGGACGAUAAGACGCGUCUGGAGGAGCAGCAGACCACUAUCGCCAACCUGCGGCGCCACAUAGAUCAUCUGCUGGGAGAGAACGAGAAACUGACCCUGGACAACCAGCGCCUGCGAGGGGAGAACACCCGGCUGAAGCGGGACGCAGCGGACACGGACUUACUGGAGAAAUCCGAGCUGUGGGUUCUGCCCCAGUCAGAGGACAGGAAGAACAUCUCCAUACCUAACCUGCCCCCUCUGGAGAUGCCCACUCAGGACAUCUGUCUGGACGACCUGCCUGCCCUGGAGCUCCCCGAGGACAUCCAGCACGAACUGCAGGCGCUGCUGGACAGAGACGCCAGCCAGCCCAGUACUAACUAACUAAAGGAAGCCUGUCUACAGAGAGACGCCAGCCAGCCCAGUACUAACUAACUAAAGGAAGCCUCUCUACAGAGAGACUGUCCAGACUAGACUGGAAGCUGGCUAAUCUCAAUAAAAGUGUUUGAUUGGUUGGUGGCCUCAGGCACUAGAUAGCAACCACACAUGGUCACAG